UCAGGAUCUGCCGGCGCAGCAGUCGCCUACCGGCUCACCGAAGACCCCAACGUAAUGGUGCUGUUGCUGGAGGCGGGCGGACCUCAAAGUGUAAUCACAGACAUACCCGAGAACUACAUCAAUAACCUGAACUCGGAGUACGACUGGGGCUAUAAAAACGUACGCAACCCGGAGGUGGGCGUGGCGUUCACAGGCGGGCAGAUACCGCAAAACAGGGGCAAAGUGUUGGGCGGUUCGUCCACUUUGAACGCCGUUAUCUUUAAUCGGGGUAAUCGUAAGGACUACGACAACUGGGCCCUACAGUAUGGCGCUAAGGGCUGGUCCUAUAAGGAGGUGUUACCGUAUUUUAUGCGCUUUGAAAACAAUACCGACCCUCGCGUUGUGGCUGAGAGUCCUGGUUAUCAUAGCACUGAGGGUCCGGUGCAGAUCAAGUCGUGGCAUUUGCCUGAACCUAUUAUUCACCAUCAUCAAAGGGCCCUACAUGAGCUUGGUCAUAAGGAUACCGAUAUUAAUGGACCCCAACAGGUGGGGACUUGUAUUAUGCAAGCUUUUCAGCGUACAGAUGGUAUGCGCUCCAGUACUGCGAAUAGUUACCUGGAUCCAAACCCCCACCCCCAUAACCUACAUAUACUGACGUACGCCCAUGCCACCAAAAUACUGUUGGGUGCCUUGAAAGGGCUGAGCGCUGAGGCCGUGGAGUUUCAAAAAGAUGGCAAACUUCAUAGAGUAAAGGCACGCCGGGAGAUUAUUGUGAGCGCCGGCUCCAUAAACACCCCUCAGCUCCUGAUGCUGUCGGGAAUUGGACCCAAAAAGCAUCUGAAAGACUUGCGAAUACCAGUGAAGGUGGACCUACCAGUGGGCGAGUUUCUUAAAGAUCACCCGUCCCUCAGUCUACCGACGCUCGUGAAGGAUGAACGCCUCGUCCACCCGUCCGCCGAACUAAAUGUCCGACAAAUGCAUCAAUUCUUUAGCAACGGUUCCGGACCUUUGACUGAAUUCUUUCAUUCCAUCACUUAUUUGAGUACUAAAUAUAAU